AAGCGAACGGUUGAUUCCGUGUAAGCGCUAAGUGCUUGUUUAUUGCUACAGAGUGCAGUGCUUUGUUGGUUACAGUUUCCGAUCACCGUAUAAUUCCGUGACAAAACGACGUGAGUGGAUAAAUAUUGCAAUUUAUAAUAUCAGCAGAUCGUUAACAACUUGUUAGAUCGUCAACAGAUGUCUUGAAUAAAAACGAAUGUGCACAGUAGCCCCGUGUUUAUGUAGCAACCCGGCCUACUGGGCGUUUCACGUGAAAACUGGGGAAUGUGCGAAAAACCGUUGUAAAUUCAUCGGUCUUCAAGAAAGACGUGUCUUUAUUUUGUGUGAAAUAUAAAUUUAAAUACCUGAUUUUUGUUUUUUAAACUGUUCAGCCAUGGCUGAUAAUAUAACAGUAUCGAUCAAGGUUCGGCCGUUGAUCAAGCGCGAAAAGGAUUCCCGACAGUCAUCACAAUGGCGGAUACGUGAUAAUACGAUCGCCUACGUCGGAAAUGGAGAGCCCUUUAUUUUUGAUCAUAUCUUCGAUGAAACGACAUCGACUCAGGAUCUAUUUCAGCGUGUUUGUCGACCAGUGAUUGUGUCGGCACUAAACGGCAUGAAUGGGACGAUCUUUGCCUAUGGUCAAACUUCCUCCGGCAAGACGUACACCAUGAUGGGGGACGAAGAUGAACCGGGAGUUGUUCCGUUGACGGCUGAAGAAAUUUUCAGACAGAUCGAAAACAACAAAGAUCGCCAAUUUUUAAUUCGUGUUGGCUAUAUUGAGAUUUACAAUGAGAAGAUUUUCGAUCUGCUCGAUAAAAGCAAUGCUAAUUUGAAGAUAUUCGAAAAUCAGUGCGGCGAUGUUUCGUUGAAUUACAAAGAAGUGAUCACAAACUGUCCGGAACAGAUCAUGCAGUAUUUAGAUGAAGGGAAUAAAGCAAAACGGAUCGGUGAUACCAAUAUGAAUGAAAGAUCCAGCCGAUCGCACACGAUAUUCAGGAUCACAAUCGAGUCCAGUGAAAUCGGUGGACGCUCGGAAGAUGUUGAAAAUAAUGCUGUUCAGAUCAGUACCCUCAACCUGGUUGACUUGGCCGGCAGCGAACGGGCAGAUCAAACAGGAGCGACCGGAUCAAGGCUCAAAGAAGGUGCUCACAUUAACAAAAGUUUACUGUCCCUAAGCCUUGUUAUCCAAAAACUAAGUGAAAAUGCGGACAAUCUUAAGUACAUCAACUAUCGAGAUUCCAAAUUAACACGUAUACUACAGGCUUCCCUCGGAGGAAAUGCUGUGACUUCAAUGAUUUGCAACAUCACCCCGGCAGCCUUCGAUGAAAGUUAUUACACGUUAUCUUUUGCUAUGCGAGCCAAAACUAUCAAAAACAAACCUAAAGUGAAUGAAGUUUUAUCCGAAGCUGCAAUGAUGAAACGGCUCGAACGUGAAAUUAAACGGCUGCAAGAAGAACUUCGCUCCGAACAGAAUAAAAACAGUAAAAUAAAAACGUUGGAGCUACAAAACGCCAUCAACAUGCGCGCCAAUCAAUUAAUCAACUCGCAAACACAUUUGCAGCAAUACAGCGAUAAAUCUCGACGUCGCACAUGGUGUCCGUCGACAUCCGGUAUCCCCAAACCGAUCAUUUCGGCGAUCGACGUCCAGGCUGCACGUCUUAUGCCACCACCUCCACCCUUCUUUGUCAAACAAAGUGACGACACAUCUCCAAAAGUCCGUCCCGAACUUAUCAACAACGCCAAUCCGGAACUGUUAGCCCGGAAAAUACGGGUAACGGAUCCCGGGCGGCAGUUUCUUCACGUAGAAGAUCCCGUCCCGCUGGAAUCCAGUUUUGAGUUCGUUCCCGGUGAGCUGGCCGACUUUGAAGAACGCUCUCCGCAGAGUAUUGCUCGUGAAAUUCAUACGCCGCGCAUCCUGAAACCCAAUCGGCGGUCCCGUCGAUCUUCGACCGGUGAUUCGCCUGCCGAUUUCAUCGACUACGAGAAACGUGUUGUAGAGCGCGUGGUGAUGAGCCCAUCACCGGGUGACCAUCCAAACCGGACCAUUCCGGAAUGGAUGGAUGCCCAAAGUUUACACGGUCGGUUAUACUAUUUAACGCUUCAAGGUGCUAAAGGGAAACAAUUGCCUAAAAACCCGUUCUUGAUUGGACGUUCCGUCGAGAAUUUUGCGGGUAAAAUUGAAGGAGCCUUUUACGAAAAGUCCCGAAAUUGGUACGUGCUCAAAAUCAGGAACAAGAACCAAGGAAGACUGCUGACAACUUUAACAACUCUGUUAGAUGGUACACCGAUUAUGAUAGGUCGUCAUCCAAGCCUAAAUCAACGGAAAUUAGUGGUCACCUGCCGAGAAGUGGAUGGAAUGGAAGAUAAAGUACUGCUGGAAGAAUUAUCCUCUCAAAAAAUCAUCGACGUCCGCCGCAUAACGAAAAAAACCAACGCAGGGAUCAUAGGAACAUCAACGCUGAUUUUAACAAUCAACAGUACCAUUAUUCCGGAAUUUAUCAAUUUCGGACUCCUUCGUGUUCGCACGCGCAUAUAUUAUUCACAGCCCCUAUUAUGCCGACAAUGUUUGCAAUACGGUCACCCUAAAAGCCGUUGCAAAAAUCUGUUGGCUUGCAAAAAUUGCUCCCGAAAUCAUGAUAGUGCCGACUGCCAAGCCGAACCCUUUUGUGGAAACUGUAAAACAACAGGUCAUUCCCCUUUGGAUAGAAAGUGCCCCAUUUGGACAGCAGAAUCAGCAGCGCAAAAACUCAGCACCGAUAAAAAUAUCCCGAUCAACGAAGCCCGACGAAUGAUACACACGAGCAGCAGCACAACCAGCUACGCGGACGCAGUUAAAGCCAACCAGAAACAACAGAUUACAACACAUCAGCAACAAAACAAAACAAAAGAAGAAUCAAACCAACAGACGAGCCUGAACCAAAAAAGAACGCUAGAAAAACCACACACACCAACAGCACCGCAGCAAUCCUCCCAAACUGAUAUCAUCAGUUCGGGUUCAGAUUCACCGCCUCGAAAAAGGACCCCUCUUCCACCCUCUCUUCCUGCAACUUCGGCAAAAGAAGUUGUUCGUGAAGAAAUGGUAGCACACUGUACCCGAUCAGUCGUGACGCGCAGUAUGCAGCAAGUGCGGCCACCUGAUAUACCCUAA